AUGAAGUUGUGGGUCGCUAGAGGACCAGAUUGGGUCCCCACUGUGAUCUCGGGGUUGGGUAAGACGAAAUACCUGCAGAUGAUCAACAUUGGCGACCGUGAGAUCAUACUGCCCACCCACACGAUAUUAGGCUUGUGGACCGAAGGCGAUAUGGUACCACGAACUCAAGGUUUUGUGACGGUCGAAUUGGGGAAGUACAAGGAGUGGCAAACUCUGGCGUAUGAAGCUACGACGGUUCGAGUGAAUGAACUCCCAAAAGAGCAGAUCGGACGAUUGGUAGAUCGCUCUACCUACGUCACUCCCAAAUGCAUCAUGAAGCGUCCGUCUGAUGUGUUAAGGGACAUACCUCCAGCGAUCUCCAUGGUAACGCAGCAAGCUGGCGACGACGACUUGCAAAAGGCAGAUACUGUGGUUGCAAGAGAAGGAACAGUCAACGGAGUCGGAUCGAAUCCACUCGAUGAAACAAAUCUAUCGUCGAAGGAUAAAGAUCGUGAGAUCGAAACCGAGAUCGCGAUGAGAAGAGAUCACGGGACCGAACGAGAAGAACAAGGCAACAGACUGUCUUCAUUAGACGUCAACCUUGCCGACAACAGAGCAGGACUGGAUCGGUCCAAGGCGACGCAAAGAUCUGAAGAGGACAAGCCGUCUCAGAUCGACAAAGCUUACUCCGCAGAAGCACCAGUCUACUAUCACGAGAGUGGAGAUUUGUUUGCCGAAGACAUCGAGUAA